ACAACUGAUUGUAGCGAACUGACCAGUGAAUGCCUUUGGGUAGUGUUAUUUUCACCCUGUUACUCCGUUAAUAGGCCGUGUGGAUCCGCGUUAUCCAACUUUGAAUCCACAGCCGUUCACCUUUCGAGAACUCUUUGGAACUCUGGAACCAUUGCAUGGGAAAGCAGUCAAUGAAGAACCUGGUAGCUCAGCUGAUCGUACGGGAAUACCUGUGAAAAGUGCAGUAAAUGUUACUCAGAGAAGUCUGGAAUCCGCCGAUGUUAUAACGGGGCAGGGUGGAGGCUCAUACGAAGAGAUCGUCGCUGUUGAGACAAAGAUCACUCAUUCCCCACCGGUCGCCAGAUCCGUCGAGAGAAUCGACAACGUGGAUGGGCAGAUGCCCAAAGCCACCGCCAUACCGGAAGUCGUCAUCAAGCCGACAAAGACGGAAAAUCAGAAAUCGGCAAAAACGACUUCCACCAAGACAGGAAUCAUACAGAUGAACAAAGAGAAGAUGAUACCGGAAUCUGUGACGAACGAUGGGACGAAGGUGGUGACAGUCCGCUCGAUAGAGCUCCGAUUGAAAAACACGUCUGAGAAGUUGACGGCGAAGGAAAUGGAUAGCGACGAUGCGAAGCGCCACAAAUAG